GCGUGAAUUUAACACCAAGUUACAAAGAAAAAAGUAAAGCAAAAUCACGUUUCAUUUGCGCAACGCCGCAAUUAAGCGCUUCACAUGUUUCUACUUUAACGCGAUUUUACAGUGUAUCGACUGGGGUUCGAUUCGAAAGCAGUUCGCAUAGCCCCUCCCAUGGUUUGAAAUCCAGUUCCGAAUAUACCAAACUCUGCGUUCUUCCUUCUUCUUGUAUUCCACCAUUUCUCUCUUCACACAAUGAACAUGGUGAUGAAGAAGACUAUUUCAAACGUCUGUGCCCUCAAAAUUCCAAGAAAGUAUUUUUGUACUGAGGGUGUGAAAGUUGCUGGUUCCGCUAUUGGAGAAGCGUCCAAUGAGCAUGAGAAGAAGCACACUGUUAGCAAAAUUAUUCCACAGUAUGAUAUUGCUAUUGUUGGAGGAGGGAUGGUUGGCAUGGCUCUUGCUUGUUUCUUAGCAAGUAUGCCUAUGACAAAGCAGUUGAACGUUGCAAUUGUUGAUAGUAAUCCGGCUCUGAGUAGUGGCUUGCACAUCAAGAAGGAAGACCCCCCUGAUCCAAGAGUCAGUACAGUAACUCCUGCUUCUAUAUCUUUUCUCCGAGAUGCUGGUGCUUGGAAAUAUGUUGAGCAAAACAGACAUGCUUAUUUUAAUGUAAUGCAGGUCUGGGAUUAUACUGGUUUGGGAUAUGCUAGAUAUCAUGCAAGAGAUGUAAAUAAAGACUAUCUAGGGUGUGUGGCCGAGAAUAAAGUGCUCCACAAUGCCUUACUGUCAUGUGUAAAGGAUUCUGAUUUCAAGACAACAAUCUAUCCUUUUAGAUUAAGUUCAAUGACUUUGAAUACAAGCUCUAUGUCUGUAGUGGAGGAGAAUACAAAAUCCGUAGAAUCAUCAUCUGCUCAAGGGCAUGGUGCAAAGCUGCAACUUAGUGAUGGAAGUAGCUUAUAUGCAAAGUUGGUGGUUGGCGCUGAUGGUGGAAAAUCACAUGUUAGGGAAUUAGCAGGAAUCAAAACGACUGGAUGGAAUUACUCACAGAAUGCAAUAAUCUGCACAGUAGAGCAUACCUCUGAAAAUGUAUGUGCAUGGCAACGUUUUCUACCCACCGGUCCAAUUGCUCUUUUACCCAUCGGUGAUAAGUUUAGCAAUAUUGUUUGGACCAUGAGUCCAGCAGAGUCAAACAGUCGCAAAUCAACUACUGAGGAAGAAUUUUUAAAGGAUGUCAAUUAUGCUCUAGAUUAUGGUUAUGGACCUCGUCCUACAUCAGGCUUAUUAGGAACUCGAGAUAUGUUCUCAUGGUUUAAAAUGGAUGCAACAGUAUCAACUAAUGAAUUCUUUGAAAUUCCUCCAAAAGUGAUCAAGUUGGCAUCUGAAAGGAUGGUGUUCCCUUUGUCUUUAAGGCAUGCCAAUUCCUAUGCAUCAAAACGCGUUGUUCUUAUUGGAGAUGCAGCCCACACUGUGCAUCCUCUUGCUGGUCAAGGAGUUAAUUUGGGUUUUGGAGAUGCAUUUUCUCUUUCGAGAAUUAUUGCAGAGGGGAUUGCUUUGGGCACUGAUAUUGGAGAGGUAAAUUUAUUAAAGAAGUAUGAAGCAGAGAGGAGAUCAGCCAAUAUUAUGAUGAUGGCGAUCCUUGAUGGCUUCCAAAAGGCCUAUUCUGUUGACUUUGGACCUUUUAAUAUUCUGCGAGCUGCUGCUUUCCAUGGGGCAAACUAUAUAUCACCACUCAAAAAAGGUAUCAUUUCCUAUGCUUCAGGAGAGCAUAAGUUGCCCAUUUUCUUGUGAAUACGUAAAUGUCAAUAAUUUUGGCCUACUUAGCAAACUAAGUUUUAGCCAAUGGUUCAACACCCCUAAAGUUUUCUUUUCUGCUUUCUUAAUUUCAUUUUUGUUUGGGUUAAGCUUGAAAAGUUACACUUCUAAAGUU